CGUUGGUCCGCUAGAGACUUAUUUUAUUUUAUUUUUUACCCUUUACUCUCCUACAAUGGCAACCAAAGCCGCUUAUAAACGCUUGACCAAAGAAUACCUAGAAAUUCAGAAAAAUCCUCCUCCUUUCAUCACAGCCAAGCCAAACGAAAGCAACAUCCUCGAAUGGCAUUAUGUCAUUCAAGGACCUCCCGACACUCCUUAUGACGGUGGAGAGUAUUACGGCCGUCUCACGUUUCCUUCAGAUUACCCUUAUAAACCACCCGCUAUUCGAAUGAGCACACCCUCUGGGCGAUUUCAGCCGGAUACUCGAUUAUGCCUAACAAUGAGCGACUUCCAUCCUAGCUUAUGGAAUCCCAGUUGGUCGGUUGUCACGAUUCUCAAUGGACUGCUAAGUUUCAUGACAACAGAUGAAAGUACAACUGGCAGCAUCAAAUCAACCGACUUGGAGAAACGGCUUUAUGCAUCCCGAUCGCACAAUGCCAAUCUCAGAAACCCCAAAUUUAGAGAGGCAUUCCCCGAAUUAUGUAUCCGUAACCCUCCCACCAGCAACCCAGCCAUCACCGAUUCCAUCCUACGAAAACGACUAGCGAAGCAAGCCGCAGCGAAACAUCCUACCUCCACCGAAGACAGCGGCAACAGCAAUAAUUCACCAAAUGCUUUAACUCGAACCGUGACUCGAUGGAGACGAUGGAUGGUCAUUUUAUUGGUGUUUAUCUACUUGAUCAUUUCCAAAAUCAUUGCACGGUCUUCAGCUGCCGGAGAAGGAACAGCAUAAGCUUUCAAUAUCUUCUUUUUUUUUUCCCUCGAUACCUGAAGCGUAUGCGUAUACUUUGUUUCGGUGAAGCCUCAUCGUCAUUGACUACAUCGACUGGCCAAUAAAAAAAGUCCUCAUUAUAUGAUGGUUAUGCACAAGGCAGAAAGAGAUGUACUUUUUUUUUCAUUUCGUUAUACAGCUACUAUACAUCAUGAUUUUGUCGGGUUGGAUUCUGGGGUUUUAUUUUAUUUCGCCGUCAGAGGAAGGGGCAUGAAUGUUCUUCCUUGUGGUAGCUGUCCACAAAUAAGCACGUGAUGGAGCAGCGAAAAACCAAUACAUUUUUGCAAUCAAAUGAUACAGUUCAAAAGCGGGCAUGUUCUAGAGCGUCAUGCUGUUGAUGUGAUCGUAUUUCUUG